AUGACUUUCACCAGGGUGCUACACAUCGCGGCUCUGUUCCUGAUGCAAGGGGAUUUUCCAGGAGCUGGCAGUGAAACCGUAACUCUAAAGGAAGGAGAGGAUCUGAAUCUCCGCUGCACCCUCAGCAGUCACAACCAUUCUGCUCGGCAGUGGUUAAACCCUCACGGGUUUGCCAUUUUUUUAAACACUCAUCGAGCUUUAAGAGAUCAGAGGUACAAGCUUAUCCAUUAUUCAAAGGAUGAAUUAUCCAUCCAACUGUCUAAUGUAACAGUGCACGAUGAAGGCGUAUACAAAUGCCUCUACUACGGCAUCCCAUUCAAAAGCAAGAACAAGACUGUUGAGGUAUUAGCUGCUCCUUCUAAUCCAGUACUGGAAGUAUCCCAAGACUCAGAACGAAGCAUUACACUGUCUUGCUAUACCCAAGGAUGUAAACCGCGGCCCCAGAUUACCUGGCUGUUGGACAACGGGAUAGAGCUCCCUGGUGACACUAAGCACAAGUUAGAAGCUGAUGGGAAGAAGUGGACCACAGCCAGCACACUGACAGUCCUCGCCUAUGGGCCCAAUUCAACAGCCAGCUGCAUCGUUCACCACCGAGCACUAAGAGAAGAGACGCUGAUGGCAUCUUUCCAGUUUGAGGACCUCCCCAGGACGGUGACAAAAACAAACCCUGCACCGGCUGCGCUAGAGGUGGAUACACGUGUCUCUGAGAACAAGCAGCCUACAGGAUCUGAACAACCAACCAUCCCUUCUACAGUACCAGAGGAUCCAGUAGUUACCAGCUCAGCGUUAACACAAGCCCAGCAAAACCUCCAAACAGAAGUCACACCUACUUGGUCUGAAGUAACGCCGGCUGCGACAGGGGAGGAAGAAUUGGCUGGUUCGUCGUCGAGUUACCGUGUCCCCAACGGGACCGAAACAGCGUUCAAUGGCAGUACGACAGAAGAGGAACUUUCCAGGACGGAAGCCCCACCACCAAGUGAAAACGUAACUGUGAUUUCCAUCAUCACCUUCGAGCAAGACCUGAAAUCUGAAGGCAUCAAAAAGAGGGAGAACAAUCUCUUGCUGCCAAUCUUGGUGGCUGCUCUGAUUUUCGUGCUGCUCAUCAUUGUCCUGCUUUUUAUGAGGAAGCUGAAAAAAGCUCAUGGAGUGUGGAAGAGAGAAAAUGAUGUUUCCGAGCAGACACUGGAGAGUUAUAAAUCCAAAUCUAAUGAAGACAGUCCAGGCCAUGAGAAGAAUGGACACGUUGUCAAUCAGAAGUCCAAUGUGGAAACAACACAGAGGAAUCCAAGAGACAAAAGCAUUACAAUAAGUGAGAAAAUGUUUGGAUAUGGAAAGGAAACGGCU